AGCCCCGAAUAUUAUGUACAUGAAAAAGUAUUGUAUUUCAUGUUUCCAUCUGCUGAUGGACCAUCACGAUAAGAGUCUGCAUGUAUAAUGUGAUGUUAACUCUACUAACACUACAUAAGAGACGUGAUGCUCACUAAAAUUAAGUCUGGAUAAAAGUGGAUAUAUCAAUAUCAGUCAUCGGCCAAAUAAGUUGUAAUAUAUCGGCAAAAAAAUCCAGUAUUGUGCUUCCCUAAUGUGCGUUUAGAUAACACAUUGUGAAAGCAUCCUCUUGUGAGGAUGUUCAAACACACCAUUGGUGUCAGUAGUUGUCAGAAAAAGAACUGUGAAAGUUCUGGCUGGGAGAGGUACACUUAAAUAACAACUGUCAGACUUCAACAAAUGUUUAAUAUUUAGGAAACUUAAUAGUUGUAAAGGACUUCUGGGUCAUGGAUUGGGUUUAACUUGAUGGUUUAUGAUCAGAGAAGCAGUAGGCAGGAGGCCAAAUGACAAAGUAAUAACAUCAGAUAUUCAAGGUUUUAAAAUUUAGGCACACAGUUUUGCAAUAAAACUACAGCUUAACCACUAAACACAAUAACUGGAUAAAUAUUUGCCUGGAGAGGGUGAUUGGACAAUUCAUGGAAUGUGUGACGGGGAGGAAAGUUAUGUCAUGACACACGUGGCUGUUGGGUUUUCGCAUGUAGUUGCAGUCGUGUUUUGUAACCAAUUAACACUCAAAUCACUGUGAGCUGUUUGGAUAGAAAACCAGUGUCAAAACUUGACACUUGAUCCUUCAGUUUGUGCUUCAUAGGGAACAGAAAUAUGCCUUUGAUGUUGUGAUAAAGAAGUCUUGCUUCAUGCUCAUAGUCUCAGUGUAAAAAUACAUCUCUAUGUAAGCCAACAGUUUGACAGAAAUGUACUGAGGGCAAGUUUGAAUUGUAGUUUUUUAAAUAGAGCAUUCAGUUGUAAAGCAAGUCCUUAUUGCACCAACAAUACAUCGUAUAGUACAAUGGCCACUUCUUGUUUACCGUCAACAUCUCUGCUGUAUGAGCUGACCAGUCUUAAGAUGUGCAUCACAGCAUGCAGUCACAGAUUAUACCGUAUGUGUUGUUUAAGCUAUAAAACUGAUAUCAUGGGUCAGUGAACUGAGUGAACCAAGGAGGUUUAACACAUACUUUUGAGGGUGCACAAGGCUUUAACUGAGGGAUUAUUUAUUUGUUACAACACUCUUAAAACAAGCCUGCAUACCCUCUGAACCACCAGGGUCUAAAAAUACUUGAAAGUACCUGAUGUAAUGUGGAAAGUAGAUAAUGUACUGUGAGAAGUAGCUAAAAAAAAGUUCUUUGAUAUCCAAGUUUGCAUUAUGUAAGGAAAGUUCUCUGUGUAUUCUGUAAUUCCCACCACUUUUUGAAACACACACACAUGCACAAACCAAGUGGUUACGGAUUGGGGAUUACCAAUCGCGGACUUGUCUUAAAGGAUAAACCAGAGGGAUAAAGCCUCUCUCUGACCAGCCUUCUCUGAGUUAAGACAGAAGAAUAACCUGAAAGGGAAAGGGAGAGGACGGAUAACUUGUAGGGAUCCAUCACUUCUCAUAAAAAGGAAAAGCGAGCACUGAGCCCUCCAGGUGGAAGCAGCAUGGAUACGCAGUUUGUCUACGACCUUCUAGGGGAAAAUGCCUGGUUGUACAACUUUGCUACCUUCGUGGUGUUGUGGACUUUAGUGUGGCUGUACAGAGACAGCCUGGAGAUUGAGAACAUCACUGACAAGUAUGUGUUUGUGACCGGCUGCGAUUCAGGGUUCGGAAACCUGCUGUGUAAGAAGCUCGAUCGUAAAGGUUUCCACGUGCUGGCCGGCUGUCUCACAGAAAAGGGAGCUGAUGACCUGAAGAGGGUGGCAGGGCCUUAUUUGAAGACCAUCCUGCUAGAUGUGACCAAUCAAGACAGCGUCCAGAGAGCGAUGGAGUGGACCAAGAAGGAGGUUGGCGAAAAGGGACUUUGGGGUAUUGUGAACAAUGCUGGACGUUCAUUACCCAUGGGCCCUUCAGAGUGGAUGAAAGUGGAGGAUUUCCACAGCACGCUGAAAGUCAACAUGAAUGGGGUGAUCUCCAUGACGAUGACCUUCCUGCCCCUCAUCAAAAAGGCUCGUGGCCGUAUUGUAAACGUAGCGUCGGUGCUGGGCCGGGUGGCUGCGAACGGUGGAGGAUACUGCAUCUCCAAGUUUGCAGUAGAGUCUUUCUCUGACUGCCUCAGGAGAGAUAUAAACUACUUUGGAAUCAAUGUGUGCAUCAUUGAGCCCGGGUUUUUUAAGACGGCAGUGACGAGCCUCGACCCCCUCGAGAGGGAGCUGCAUCGCCUGUGGAACCAGCUCAGCCCUGAAGUGCAGGCCAGCUAUGGAGACAAAUACCUUGAUAAGUACAUCAAGGUCCAGCGCUUGAUCAUGAACGCUGUCUGCGACACUGACCUCUCCAAGGUGACCGGCUGCAUGGAGCACGCUCUGACCGCUGCCUACCCACGCACCAGAUACAGUCCCGGCUGGGAUGCCAAGCUCAUCUGGAUCCCCCUCUCUUACAUGCCUUCCUGUGUGGUUGACAUUGGGCUGAGGUUGGUGCUGCCUCGUCCGUCAAAGAGCGUGUAAUGAUGACUUUGAAGAAAUGUCUUAAAACUUAUCAGCCAUUUUGUGUCAUUUUGAUGCAGUGCAGAUGCUGACUUAAAUAAAUUAAUCUUUUGCCUUUUUUAAAGUACCCAUAUUCCUUAUCUACACUGGCCAUGCAAUGAUCUGAUGUUGCUGUUAUUAUAUUUAUAUGUCUAAUCUGCCAUGUUAAAGUUUUGUUUUGUUUUUUUCUGUGUGAUGUCUGCUUGAGGUGAAAUACGUGAAAUAAUGAAAGUGUAUUGUAUAAUUUACUGUUUAAUUGUUGUUUUGUUUGUUAACACUUUGCUGUGCCUUUUGACACUGUUAUUUAUGUUCCUUGAUAUGGAUGCUGUUAACCAUCAGAGGCUAAAUAAACAGGAUUCUGCUGUCAAGAAAAAUAUAUAUUUUAAGUUUUAACAAUGUCUUUAGUAUGUUAUGGUGUGUAAGAUAUUCAAAUAUAAGCCGUUACACCUA